CUGAUGGCACCGGCUUGCGAGCUUCCCUGCGACGGCGAUGGAUUCUGCAUGGUCUGCAAGAAAAAGACGCCGGAAGUGGAGGCGGUCACUUGCCGGACCUGCACGACUCCGUGGCACGUUCCAUGCCUUUCAUCGCCGCCGAAGACUCUUGCAUCCAUCUCAGAAUGGCAGUGCCCUGACUGCUUUUUUCCUUCCGGUGGUGCUACUGCGGACCUUUUCGUCGGGGCCGGAGGGUCGGCCUGCGAACUCAUUGCCUCCAUCCGAGCGAUUGAGGCGGACGAGUCGCUCACGGAGCAGGAGAAGGCGAGGAGGCGGCAGGAGUUGAUGAGCGGUGUACAUUUGAAGGAAGGAAGGGAGAGUGAGCGUGAUAAAGAUGGGAAAGAUGGUGGCGAUGAUAGCAAUGUGCUUGGUUUGUUGGAUGAGAAGUUUAACUGCUCUUUCUGUAUCUUCUUAAGCCUUCCACCAUUGCAGACGCCAUGCGGACACAAUUUUUGUUUGAAGUGUUUCCAGAGAUGGUUGGGCCAAGGUAGACACACUUGUGUGAAAUGCCGAUCUCCUAUUCCACCAAAAAUGGUGUCUCAGCCAAGGAUUAACUCUGCACUUGUAGUUGCCAUACGAAUGGCAAAGACAGCGAAGCCCGUGUCUGGCAACAAAACAAAUGUUUACCAUCAUUUAUUGAAUGAAAACAGGCCUGAUAAGGCAUUCACUACCGAAAGGGCGAAAAAAGCUGGAAAAGCUAAUGCAUGUUGUGGACAAAUCUUUGUAACAGUUCCUCCUGAUCAUUUUGGUCCGAUUCUGCCAGAGAAUGACCCCAAAAGAGGUAAAGGGGUGAUGGUAGGUGAGUAUUGGGAGGAUCGAUUGGAGUGUAGGCAAUGGGGUGUUCAUCUUCCUCAUGUUUCUGGAAUUGCUGGGCAGUCUGGAUAUGGUGCACAGUCCGUUGCUCUUUCAGGAGGGUAUGAAGAUGAUGAAGAUCAUGGAGAAUGGUUCCUAUAUACUGGAAGUGGUGGAAGAGACUUGAGUGGAAAUAAACGGACCAGCAAGGAUCAGUCCUUUGACCAAAAGUUUGAAAAGCUUAAUGAAGCGCUGCGGGUUAGCUGUAGAAAGGGUUAUCCUAUCAGAGUUGUGAGAUCCCAUAAAGAGAAACGUUCUGCUUAUGCUCCUGAAUCUGGUGUGCGUUAUGAUGGAAUUUACAGAAUUGAGAAGUGUUGGCGUAAAGUUGGAAUUCAGGGAUUUAAAGUCUGUAGAUACCUUUUUGUUCGGUGUGACAAUGAGCCCGCUCCGUGGAGCAGUGAUGAGAAUGGCGACCGCCCGAGGCCACUACCUGAUAUUAAGGAGCUGAAGCUCGCUACUAAUAUUACAGAAAGGAAAGAAGCGUCUGCAUGGGGCUACAAUGAAAAGAAUGGGUGGGGUUGGAAAAAGCCUCCACCGAAAAGUAGAAAGAUUUCGGUCUCAGGGAAUAUUGAUGCGAAAAAUAGUGGACGAAAAAGAAGCAUUAAAAGCACCAGCAUGAGAGAUAGACUGCUUAAAGAAUUUAAAUGUGAGAUUUGCUCGAAGGUUAUGAUCUUUCCCCUCACAACUCCUUGCGCUCACAAUUUCUGCAAGAAGUGUUUACUGGAUGCAUAUGAUGACCAGUCCUUCAUAAGGGAGAGGACGAGUGGGGGUCGGACUCUUAGGGCCCAGAAGAUAGUGAAGAAGUGCCCUUCGUGUAAGAUUGACAUCAGUGAUUAUUUGCAAAAUCCACAGGUGAACAGAGAGCUCAUGGAUUUGAUUGAUUCACUCCAUCAGAAGAUGAAGGAUGCGAACACAGAGAUAAAUGUGGAAGAAACUGAAAGUAAAGAUUAUAAUGAUGUGGAUACAAAUGGGAAAAACAAUACUGAGAUUACUUUACCAGAAGAACUGAAACCAGGUGAUAAAGAGGUUCAAAGGCUUGGGAAGAAAAGAAAGCAACAUUAGAAAAAAAUCAAGUAAGUUGAUGACAUUAAUGAAUUUGAUGAGUAUUUUUUUAUGUAAAAUCUUUGCAUUGUUUUAUGUUGUUUUUGAUAUUUUAUAUUUUUGCAUCUUGUGGGCCUUUUGCUGGUUAUAGAGGGUGAAAAUUGUUUGAUUGGUUGAAUCUGUAAUGCAGUUUAUAUGGACUGUAGGGAUUUUAUAAAUUUUAGUGUUUAGUUGGAUGAAAAUGAAAUAUAUUGUAAA